AGAAACAGUAUAUAAGCACUGAUCUUACAGCUGUUCAGCAUCUUCUCACUGGAAGGCUAAAGCUACGUGUUGGUGCUGAAAAGAAGUCUAUUCUUCAAAUAUUCUGCAUAUUCUCCAGAAGUGAUAUUAAACAUCACCAUGAAGCUGCUGAUUGUGUUUGCACUUCUUUGUGUAAUGAUCCCUCUCAUCAUUACUGCUGAAGAAGAAAAACGUCAGUUUAGUGGUACCAACAACAUGGGCGGAGGUCAGAGUGGUGGUACCUGGACCUGGGGCAAACGUCAGUUUAGUGGUACCAACAACAUGGGCGGAGGUCAGAGUGGUGGUGCCUGGACCUGGGGCAAACGUCAGUUUAGUGGUACCAACAACAUGGGCGGAGGUCAGAGUGGUGGUGCCUGGGCCUGGGGGAAACGUCAGUUUAGUGGUACCAACAACAUGGGCGGAGGUCAGAGUGGUGGUGCCUGGACCUGGGGCAGGAAUCAGGUGUAUGAAUGAUAUAUGCCGCACUAUUGACACCACUUUUAUCUGGGUCUGAAAAAGAAGAUGAUUCCUGGUCUUUCAUGGAAAGCAUGGUUCAUCGCACCAAGAAGCAAAUAAUUUCAUCCAACUCCCUGAACUAUCUUUUCAUCCUUUUACAUUUUUAAUUUCUUUCCUUUUGCAUCAUCAUCAUUAAACUCUUAAGCAUUAAAUCAAAA